UUGCACCGCGGGUCCGCGGCGUUCGAUCCUCCGAUACCCAAUGCCAAUCCAAACAGAAACCCCCAAUCAGUUUCGCAAUCCUCAGCACAGCCAGCAAACGGACGCGAUUCCAACCCGAUCCCGGCUGCAGAGGCAGGAAAUCCCCCAGAAAUCCAAAGCCCCCUCCUUCCCUAUAAAUCCAUCUCCGCAUCGCAGUCUCUCUCGCUACCCCUGGUCCUCCUCUAGUCAAAUCUGUCUACCCGGCUGCGCCAACCUAGGGUUUAGUCCGGCGGCCAGCAGCUAGCCAAUGGAGGGGGAGAGCCGCGCCGCCGCCGCCAACGCCUUCAACGGCGCCCCGAUACGCCGCUGGGCGGAGGACGUGAUCGUGCUGUCCUCGGGGAGGCCGCCGCGGUCCGAGGAGGCGGUGGCGGGGCAGGGGCAGCGCACGGAGACGCCGCCGGAGAAGCUCUACUACAAGACCAGGCUCUGCGACAAGUACGAGGCCAGCGGCCGCUGCGUCUACGAGGACAGUUGCACCUUCGCGCACGGCCGCGCCGAGCUGCGCCCGCCGGUCGCCCCCCCCUCCCACGCCGUUUGGCGCAGGCCGCACGACCAGGAGCACGGCGGCGGGAGGGUGGGCCACAACUUCAGGGACAGGGGCACCUGCCAUUUCGGGGACAAGUUCGCCUUCCCCCACGCCGCCGCGCCGGCACCACCUGGUCACGCGAUUCACAUCACCGGGGACCAGAAGCUGCUGGCCGACGAGCGGAGGACCGCCACGCGGCCCGCGAUGCCAUCCUCGGCGACGCGCUACGGUGCUCCGGGCCCCGCCAGGGCGUUCCCGCCGGUGCCUGUCCCGGCCGCGCGUGAUCGUUUUGGCCAGAUGCCCGAGGAGGACGGUGGCCAAAAGCCCAACAGGCUGAUGCUCAUGAGCCUCCGGAAGACCAGCGGCAUCUACGGCGACUGGCCGGAGCAGUACUGAGUCUGAUCGAUCAGCCGUCCACCAUGGUCGCAUACCCAUAUAUAUAUUUAAUUCACAUUGCUGAUACAUAGCAACAAGAAAAUGGGUGGGGUUGAUCUUUCUCUGAAAGUGAACAACUUUAUCAUUGUGGUAUUUACCUGUGCUGCAUGAUUCCAACUGUUCUGAUUAAUCUGAGGCAUGUUGUCGAUCAUCCAAGGACUAAUCAGUCACGAUACCAAAAUUUGCUUACAAUGUUCAUCAAGAUCAUGAUAUUGAUACAGUACCAGACCUCGGCCAUCCAGGCACUCGUACAUGCCGCUAGCUCCUCCUUCAUUUCUCUGCUAUUAUGUUCCAUAUGUUACAAUUAGUGACUAC